UCCGCGUGUGUGGGUGUGUGGGAGUCCCCUGUCCGGUGCGAUCAAGGAGGGCGUCUGACCCGGUUAGGGCUGCCCGCCCAGGCAGACGUGCGUGCGCCGCUGUCGGGUGCGAUGGUGGCCCUGUAGGCGGGCACGAUGGGGAGUUGGACUGACCGCGGCGAACUCGGUCGCCGGGCGACCCUCGUCCUUCUGCUGGCCUGCGCUUGCUGCGUUCGAGGUCAGCUCCGGUCUCCACGCAUCACGGAGCACCCCUCCGACACGAUCGUGCCUCGCAAUGACCCGGUGACUCUCAACUGUAAGGCGGAGGGCCGGCCGCAGCCCAACAUCUCGUGGUACAAGGACGGCCGCCAGCUGACCAUGGGCUCAGCGCACCGGGUGACGCUGCCCGAGGGCGCGCUCUUCUUCCUCACCGUGCAGCAGAACAAGAAAGAAGAUGAUGCCGGCGUCUACUGGUGCCUGGCGCGCAACGAGGCUGGCCUGGCGCGCAGUCGCAACGCCACGCUCAAGGUGGCAGUGAUGCUGGAAGAGUUCAAGACGAUCCCGGUGGACACGGUGGCGGCGGUGGGUGACCAGGCCGUGCUGGAGUGCGCUCCGCCCAAGGGCGACCCGCCGCCGACCGUGCGGUGGCGCCUCAACGGCAGGACCGUCGACGUCUCCACGAGGAACAGGCUGCAGAUCAAGCGCGAGGGGGACCUGGUGAUCAACAGCGUCACCAAGUCGGACGCCGGCCGGUACACGUGUGAGGCGCACAACUACGCGGGCAUGCACCGGCAGACGCCCCAGGCGACGCUCUCCGUGUACGUGCGUCCGUUCAUGGAGCAGGCGCCGGCGGACGCCACUGUGCUGGCCGGCCAGUCUGUGGACCUGGCGUGUCGAGUAGCCGGCGACCCGCCGCCCUCCGUGUACUGGCGCCGCCAGAACGGCCGCAUGCCCGCCAGCAGGAUCAACGUGGCUUGCGAGGACAAGAACAGGGCUGCCGCAUCGACGCCGCCGUCGUUCGAGCGUCCUCCAAGGGACCGGCGCGCGGCGCUCGGCGCCAGCGUUACCCUGGAGUGCGGCGUCGCCGGCCACCCGCCGCCCAUCGUCUUCUGGGUGGGCGCCGACGGCAGUCUGCGCAUCGAAGCGGCGCGCCGCGCCGACCGCGGCUUCUACGCGUGCACGGCGCUGAACGUGGUGGGCUCGGAGGUGGCACGCGCCCACCUCGAGGUGGCCGAGGCGGGCCGCCAGACGCUGCCGCUGAAGUCGCUGGCGCUGCUGCCGUGCCGGCCGGCGGACGGCGCGGGGGCGAGCGUCAGCUGGGAGAAGGACGGCCAGCCGAUCAGGCCGGACGACCCGCGCACGCCGGUCGAUGAGCACGGCUCGCUGAAGGUGGACGACCUCCAGCUCUCGGACAGCGGCCGGUACCAGUGCACGGCGCGAUCGUCGGCCGGCUCCACGUCCGCCACGGCCACGCUGACAGUGGCCAACCCGACCAACCCCAACAUUCAGUUCCGGCGGCUGGCCGAGCCGGCCACGUACCCCUCGGCGCCGCAGCGGGCGCGCGCCACCGGCCGCAACGAGACGGCGGUGACGCUGGCCUGGCGGCCCGGCCAGCAGAUGGGCGGCUCGGCGCUGCGGGGCUACACGGUCGAGUACUACAGUCCGGACACGGGGCGCGGCUGGGUGACGGCGGCGCGCCACGUGGCUGCGGAGGCCGCCACCGUCGCCGGCCUGCGCGCCGACACGACGUACGUGUUCGGCGUGAGGGCCGAGAACGGCCAGGGCCUGUCGCCGCUGUCGGAGCUCACGGCGCCGGUGCACACGCUGGCGGCGCCGCCGGAGGGCGCGGCCGGCCGUCGUCUGGCGGAGGCCGCCCGCAGGCUGGAGAGCUUCACUGUCCAGCUGAAGACAGCGCGCGCCGUUUCGGCCACCGCCGUCAAGCUCGGCUGGAAGAUUCUGACGAACGCGGACUGGGUGGAAGGCCUUCUGAUCCGGUACCGUGACGUGACGUCAGAAACAUUCAGCACCCUGAGCAUCCACAACUCGGGUAACAGCGCGUACAUCGUGGCGGACCUCGACAAGUACGCCACCUACCAGUUCUUCCUGGUGCCAUUCUUCCAUUCGGUGCACGGCCGGCCUUCCAACGUGCAGGUGGCCCGCACCCGUCAGGACGUGCCGAGUGGUCCUCCGCUGAACCUGGACGUGCGGCUACUCAACUCCACCGCGGCCGUCGUCUCGUGGCUGCCGCCGGCCGAGCGCGAGCGUAAUGGCGUCACCACCGGCUACCGGCUGCAGCUGAGCCAGAAGGAGGCCAGCUUCCGCUUCAACGUGACCGUCAACGCCAGCACGACGCAGGUGAUCCUGAAGAACCUGACGGCCGGCGCCGGCUUCCUGAUCCAGACGGCUGCCGUGAACCGCGUCGGCACGGGGCCGCUGUCGCCGCCGGUGGCGUUCCGCAUGGCGGCCGACACCAGCGCCCCUGGCGGCGGCGCGCCGGACUCGCGCCAGGUGUCGGCGUCGGGCAGCGUCGUCGGCGAGGCGUGGUUCAUCGCCACCAUCGGCUCGGCCGUGCUGCUGCUGCUCGGCGUGUUCGUCGCCGUCGUCUGCUGGCGCCGGCGGCGGGAGAAGAAAGCGCUCGGAAAUCUCACCGUGCCGUCGGGCAAGCCGGACGACAUCUCGCUGCUGCCGCUGCACACGGAGCGGGGCCCGCUGUGGAUCGACCCGGCGUUCGAGCGCGGCUGGCGCGGCGAGUUCCAGAAGGAGCCGGAGGCCAAGCUGCUCAACUGCGACGUGGCCGCCAUGGCGCCGGCCGAGUACGCCGAGCUCGACCAGCGCGGCCUGUGCAGCUUCUACGGCGUCGGCGGCGGCCACCGCGACGAUCAGGCGGACCCGGCGCCGUACGCCACAACCAUGCUGGUGAGCGGUGCGUGCCGCCACCCGCGGGGUCGUCCGUGCGGCCCGGAUGACGCUGGGCCCCGGCGCUCCGGCUCCGAGGGAGGCCCGGCGUACGGCGGCUCCAGCUCCGGCGGCAGCUACAGCAGAGGCCCUCGGACGCCUGGCUACGACAACCACCCGAACCUGCAGUAUCUGGCGGACGGCCAGGAGCCGCCUGACUUCAACGAGUUCGUGCCGCCGCCGCCACAGUGCCCGCCGCCCGACCUGACCUCGACCUCGCUCCGCUCCGCGCACUUCGCGCACAUGCCGGCCACCGGUUCGGCAGCGUCGGUGCGUGGACUCGGGUCGCCGCGCGCGCAGCGCCGCCCCACGGCUGGCUCGGGAACUGGCAGU